AUGGGUAGAUGCACACACGAAGACACCUGUCCACCAAGUACUGAUGCUUGCUUUUUCAGUAUGUGCGAUGACGUUUCAGAUGCUUGUAUCCUUUGGCCAAUAGAUUUUAUCAUUUUGAUUGCAAAGAAAGAUAAAGUUUUCACAAUGAGAUACUUACGUGUUGGAGUGAAUAUAUCGGAACAAUAA